CGUAUCUGGUGCUCUGAUCAUCGUGCUACUCAGAAUCUUCAAGGACUUACUCGUCUCUUGACAACUCUCUUUUGCGUCCUUCACCGGAACCACACAGCGUCCCUUAAGCUUCUAGUCCUCCUAAAGUAUCUCUCACUGGUAAAAUUCGUCAAUGUCAUCCACAUCUACUCCGACUUGCUGGAACUACGUUCGAGGACAUUGUUCUCUCCGAAAAUGCAAAUACUAUCACCCAACGGAUAUCUCUUUCCAGAGUCCCUUCGCAACUUCAAUUUCGAAGCGCGUGCCGAAUGAAGUAGACGAGAAUUCUUCAACGAAUUGGAGAGAGGCUUCACUCACUACGCCUAUUCCGUACACGCCUGUCGCCUGGAAAACCGCACCUUGUAAACAUUUCAUACAGACUGGAAGCUGUGCGAUGGGUAACAGAUGCAAAUUCAUUCACGAUUCACACCUUGUCCGUGGUGACAGGGAUGCUCGUUCUAAUGGACGCUUGAUGAAGGAAAGCAUUACAUCGUCAAAUGCGCAUUGUUGGUCGUAUGUCCAAGGAAAGUGCAAAAACUCUUCCACUUGUCCCUAUUUCCAUCCGUCGAACCCAAUCCCUUAUAAAAAAUAUACACCUUGCCUCCUUUGGCCAAAAUGCCCGGCGGGAGAUCAUUGCUCGUUCAAACAUCCGAGACCAUUGAAAGAACCGCUCCAACCUGCCGCCAGUAAUUCUGCGACUGUCCUUUCAUCGGUUACGUCUGCCUUGGAGUAUCCUCGCUUUACAUGUCACCAAGAUGAUUCUUUUGACUCAUCUCCCUCGACCUUGCCCCAAAUUGCGUCCCCAGUGCCAAAGUACUUUGCAGGCUCGAGAUUGAAACUUUUUGACAGCGACUUUUCUGGAGAUCUUUACCAGCAUCCUCAUUUCAGCCCCUCAUAUAACGCCUAUGGAGGAGUUGCAUCUACUCCUUUGGCAUAUGGUGACCGCACUGUCUCUAAAGCUCAGUUUUUGCAGUCGGGGACCCCUCGCUUCCAACCUGGUCAUGCACGUCGUAUCAGCGUCCCGGUGCGGAAUCCUGAUACCAAUGUGAGAAUCGAUUUCUAAAGUUCCAAAGGACGGGAGCCAACCUUCAGCGAAUUAUCCGGAUUUUCUAUCGAGGAUAAUCCGAUUCAAACCCCUCAGUAGUCCUUAGGACUACGGUGGUUGUUUCUCA